GCCUAUACCGCAAGUUAACUUUUAAGUUUAGGAGAUACGGGGGUGUGUAACUGGGGAGUACGCUUUAGAAGGGCUGCCCCGUCCCCGGCUCCGGUUCCUUGCCUUUCCUUACUUCCUCACCCUAGAGGCCGUAGGAGAGCUUGCAAAAAUGAACCCCGUUAACGGUGUUAAGGCGCUGUUUCACCGCUUGGGCUUCGCGAUGAGGGAGAGCGGACAAGCGCUGGAGCGCGUGGGCUGCCGUCUGCAGGGCAUCUACUCCUUCGAGGAGAAACUGAGCCGGCACACCCCUGUCCUGCCGAUGCGCUAUAACAUUCCGUCGGUCCCGGAGUCUGCUUGGGUUGCUCCUUCGGGCAUGGUGUCGGGCAACGUAACGCUGGGCGAGAACAGCUCGGUCUGGUAUGGGGCCAUUGUACGCGGUGACUUCCAGCCGGUCACUGUUGGCGCAAACAGCAACAUUCAGGAUGCGGCGUACGUGGGCGCGACCAGCGAGUUCAGCCCGCCCGUGGUGAUUGGGGAUAACGUUUCUAUUGGCCACGGCGCGGUGCUGAAGGGCUGCACCCUGGGGGACAAUGUCCUGGUGGGAAUCAACGCGGUCAUCUCGGAGAACGUCGAGGUUCAGGCCGGCGCUGUUAUUGCUGCCGGUGCAUACGUCGAGGAGGGCACCGUCGUGCCCUCUGGGGAGGUGUGGGCUGGAAACCCCGCGCAGAAGCUGCGCGACGUCAAGCCCGG